CCUAUGAGUUCUAUUAUCAUCAAUGCCCAAUAUUCCAUUUCAGCUGAUGCUCAGUAACUUAAACUGUUUUGGGCAGUUUGCUUGCUGCUCCUCUAUUCUAGUUGUAUUAAUUGGGACGUCAUGUUUUCGCCUAUGUUAUGUGAUUACCUUUCAUAAUUUGCUCAGCUUCAUUUUAUAGGGGUUUCAAAAUGGAACGUGGUCGGCGGCCUGCGCGGAUGACUGAGUCACGAGCAGGAAGAGGAAAGCGACAGGACUUAUCACUAUCAGAGGAACAAAAGGUUCUUAUCCGAGAAACGUUCGAACUCUUUGAUUCGGACCAUGAUUCCCUAAUCAACUACGAUGAACUCAAGGUGGCGCUGCAAGCUCUGGGUUUUGAUGCAAAGAAACACGAAGUGCUAAACAUUUUGCAGGCAUUUGAUAGAGAAGGAAAUGGGAAAAUGUACUUUCAGGAUUUCAAAGAUGUAGUAACGGAGAAGAUGGCAGAGGAGGGUGCGAUGGAGGAGGCGGAGAAGGCAUUCCGUCUGUUUGAGGGCGGCGCGAUGGGAAAGGUCGGCCUGCGUGGCCUGAGGAGUGUGUCGCAGCAACUGAAUGAGGACAUCAAUGAUGAAGACCUCCAGGCAAUGAUCGAUGAGUUCGAUAAGAAUGGCGAUGGAGCGAUUGACCUGGAUGAGUUUAGAUGCAUCAUCCUUGGUGAUGACACGUGAUAAGUUUGUAUUCAUGGACCUGUGUGUUCAGGAUCGACCUGCUUCAUCUGGAUCAUUCGAUCCUGGUCUGCCCAAAUAAGUGCAGACUCGCAUCAUUCAAGUCGACUGUCAUUGUGAACUAUCAGAGAAUGGCUAGCAACCAGCAAAGGCUGAGUCGCAUUCCACCAUAUCGAAUCCUCUUCAAUGCCAGUAGGGUCAGAUCAGGUGGAGCGAGUUCAGUAUAUCCGACCAAACAAGCUGGUAGUUCAUGGGACCUGCGUAAUCCAGAUCAUGUGAAUGCUUUGCCUAAACACACGUGUCCUUGUUGCAAUGAAUUCAGUUUGCUCUAAAGUUAUAAUGCAUUAUAUUAACUAUUAUGGGAUCCGUACUUGAUCCUUGAAGUGUGAUUGUGAUAUGCAAUGUAAAUUUAUACAAAGAUACAAGUUUAACCAACAGUAAUAUUUUAGUGAUAAUUCUACAUUGUAAAUGUGCGUUUUUGACGUAUGUAUGAUAAAAAUGGUUUGUAUAAAAUGUAAGUUAGUUUUAAAUACCGUGAGAAAUCGCACUAAUGCUGAGAGUGAUAUUAUCUGGAGUAAGAUAAUAUAGAUCUAUAUUAUCUUACUCCUGAUAUUAUCUGGAUGCGAAAUGACCCGAUGAAUUCUCCUCGUGCAUUUCCUUGUGUUAACUGUAGUACACGUCACUAGUGUCAUUUACAACGGAUUAGGUCUUUAGUCAUGUCACAUGGCUAACAGAUUGUAAUGAGCUUGAUCGACAGGUGUGUUGUAAUAUACGUGUCGUUCGGGCGUAGUGUUGACUGGGGAUGUGCACUGUGUCUACAAACUUACGUUAGAAUCACUGCAUUAACUGACUUGCUGCUAGUACGUACACGUAACACCGCGUGUCUGAGCUAUAAAGCAGAACACUAAAUGUCACAUUUCUCUGUUGAAAGUGAUAAUUUAAUUUCAUGCUCGCACAUACAUGUCGGAAAAAUAUAUUUAUUGCGUCCAUGAAGUAACUUAAAGGCGUUCUGAGUGUGUGUGCGUGUUCGCGUGUUUUCGUGUGCCUGUGCAUUCGUGUGCAUGAUUAUGAUGUGAACAAUAGCAGCUAAGCUGAAUUAACAAUUUUAAUUGAUGAAGACGAACGAUUAAAUUAUUUAAAUAUACCACUUGUUUAAAGAACAA